CGGCUGUGCGAUGGCUAGGCUGCAUUGUCGGGUUUAAAUAGAGGGAGGAGGCGAACCACAGGCUCACUCUCUCUCUGAUACAAAACCCUCUCUCUCAAGGGAGUCGGUAUUCCAGGCCUCUUCGUCUAAGUCUCCUAGUGUGAGUAAUCAUGUGUGAUGAGGAAGAGACCACAGCUCUGGUGUGUGACAAUGGCUCAGGCCUGGUGAAGGCAGGGUUUGCCGGAGACGACGCUCCCCGAGCUGUGUUUCCCUCCAUCGUGGGCCGUCCUCGCCACCAGGGUGUGAUGGUGGGUAUGGGUCAGAAAGACAGCUACGUAGGAGACGAGGCGCAGAGCAAGAGAGGCAUCCUCACCCUCAAAUACCCCAUCGAACACGGCAUCAUCACCAACUGGGACGACAUGGAGAAGAUCUGGCACCACACCUUCUAUAACGAGCUGCGUGUGGCUCCUGAGGAACACCCCGUCCUCCUGACUGAAGCUCCACUCAACCCCAAAGCCAACAGGGAGAAGAUGACUCAGAUCAUGUUUGAGACCUUCAACGUUCCCGCUAUGUACGUGGCCAUUCAGGCCGUGCUGUCCCUCUACGCCUCGGGCCGUACCACAGGCAUUGUUCUGGAUGCUGGUGAUGGUGUGACCCACAACGUGCCGGUGUAUGAGGGUUAUGCUCUUCCUCAUGCCAUCAUGAGGCUGGAUCUGGCCGGCAGAGACCUCACUGACUACCUCAUGAAGAUCCUCACUGAGAGAGGCUACUCCUUCGUCACCACAGCUGAGAGAGAGAUUGUACGUGACAUUAAGGAGAAGCUGUGUUACGUGGCCCUGGACUUUGAGAACGAGAUGGCCACGGCCGCCUCCUCUUCCUCUCUGGAGAAAUCCUAUGAGCUGCCAGACGGUCAGGUCAUCACCAUCGGCAACGAGCGCUUCCGCUGCCCCGAGACGCUCUUCCAGCCUUCGUUCAUCGGCAUGGAGUCGGCCGGCAUCCAUGAAACCACCUACAACGGAAUCAUGAAGUGCGACAUCGACAUCCGUAAGGACCUGUACGCCAACAACGUGCUGUCUGGCGGCACCACCAUGUACCCAGGUAUCGGUGACAGGAUGCAGAAGGAGAUCACAGCUCUCGCCCCCAGCACCAUGAAGAUCAAGAUGAUCGCCCCUCCUGAGAGGAAGUACUCCGUGUGGAUCGGUGGCUCCAUCUUGGCUUCACUCUCCACCUUCCAGCAGAUGUGGAUCAGCAAGGACGAGUAUGACGAGGCCGGACCCUCUAUCGUCCACAGGAAGUGCUUCUAAACAUCCUGUCUCUUCUUGCCAGUUCUCCUGGACUCUGUCUCGUGUCUUUCCU